AUGGUUGAAUGUAGAGUUAAGGAAGAACAUAAUAUCGAGCUUAAAAGGCCAUUUACUAGAGAGGAAGUUAAGACAGCAACCUUCGAUAUGCACCCUGAUAAGGCACCGGGACCGGACGGAUUGAAUCUGGGGUUCUAUCACUCGUUCUGGAUCGCAUGCAAAACCAUGGCCAAUCAAAUGAGAAAGUUUAUGAAUGUGGCGAUUAGGGAGGUCCAAAGUGCCUUCAUCCCUGGAAGAUUUAUUUCGGACAAUGCAAUGAUUUCUUUUGAAACGAUGCACUACUUGAAACGCAAAACACAGGGGAAAAAAGGAUAUGUGGCUUUAAAAACUGAUAUGAGCAUGGCAUAUCAAUUCUCUCAAGGGAGUACAAUAUUUGGACAGUUUAUACCAAGUAGAGGUUUACGGCAAGGUGACCCAUUGUCUCCGUACCUAUUCCUUGUAGUAGCGGAAGGGCUCUCUACGAUGCUUAGAACUUAUGAUCGACGAGGAUUACUUCAUGGCAUCAAGGCAGAGAUUGGCGAGGCAAAUAUCAUUAAACACUGCCUUGAUAGCUAUCAGAAGGCUUCUGGACAACAGGUCAAUUUGCAAAAAUCCGAUUUAUACUUUAGUCGGAAUACAUCGGAAGAUAUGAAGAUUACGGUAAAACAUGCGCUUGGAGUGAAAGAGAUUGCUACCCUCGGCAAAUAUCUCGGAUUACCAUCCAUUGUGGUGGUGCAAGCUAUCCCAGAUUAUGUUAUGAUGCUAUUUCUUCUCCCAACAAGCACCUGUGACUCAAUCGAGAAAGCAAUGAAUGGGUUCUGGUGGCGUGGAAAAGGUGGUGAUACUGGGGGAAUGAGAUGGAUGGCAUGGAAAGGGCUAUGUAAACGAAAAGAAGACGGGGAAUUGGGAUUUCGAGAGGUGCAAAAUUUUAAUUUGGCUAUGCUAGCAAAAUCAGCAUGGAGUUUGUUGACACGACCGGAGGCACUAGUGAGCCGAAUAUAUAAAGCUCGAUACUUCCCUACAGGAGAUUUGCUUUCAGCAACAGUGGGAAAUAACCCUAGUUAUGUUUGGCGCUCAUUAUGCGCGGGGUUACAGGUCUUACAAGGGGGCUGUGUUAGGCGUAUAGGAGAUGGACGUACAACAAAAAUAUUCCAUACUCUAUGGCUACCAUCCGAGCAAUUGCAAGUUAUUCAAAGUGUGUGCAAUCAUGGCAUGGAGGAGAUGGUUGUGUCAGAAUUAAUAUGUGAGGAGACUCGAACAUGGAGCGAAGGGAAGCUGGAGACAAUAUUUAAUGCACAGGAGAUUGAACUAAUACAAAAAAUAACACUAAGCUCGACCUCACAGCCGGCUAAAUGGAUGUGGUUGUUUGAUCCAAAGGGUAUGUAUACAGUCCGUGGAGGUUACAUGAGACUUUAUGAUCAAGUCGGACAUGAAAUUGAG